AUGUUGGGCAAAAUUUCAGUCUUUGUGGCCUUCUUAGCCGUGGCUCAAGCGGGUUUAUUGCCCGUGAAAUCUUCGGAAAGCGAUGCCACCUUUGACCCUCAUCCGCGCUACUCCUUUGGCUACGAUGUUCAGGACUCGGAAACAGGAGAUGUCAAGUCCCAGUCGGAAUCCCGUGACGGAGAUGUGGUCCGGGGCCAGUAUUCUGUGAACGAUGCCGAUGGCUACAGACGAACCGUGGAGUACACCGCCGACGAUGUGCAUGGCUUCAAUGCGGUGGUGCGCCGUGAGCCACUCUCUAGUGCCGGCCUGGUAGUGAAGCCACAGGCCGCAGUGGUGGCCCCAAAGGUUCAGUUCCAGCAGAAGCCACUAAAGAAGCUGCCUGCCCUUAAGCCUCUCUCCCAGGCAUCCGCUGUGGUUCAUCGAUCCUAUGCUCCAGUGAUCCACCAUGCUCCCGUUACCCAUCAUGUGCUCCAUCAUGCUGCUCCCACGCAUGCCAUCGUUUCGCAUCAUGUGCCCCUACUUAAGUCCUCCCUGCAUCACGGACAGCAUCCCCAUGCCAUUUCCUAUGUGUUUUAG